ACGACAACCUCUCAUGGUCUCUAUAAGCCCACAAACAGGGGAAUUACAUUUCUCUCCUCUCUUCCGUCUUCACCACAGCAAAUGUCAAAAACCCUCCUCUCUCAUUAGAACCCAACUCAAAAAAAUUUCGAAUCAAGUACUAAAAAUGGCUGAACCAUCCUCAAGUAACACAAUCUUGGAAGAAAGGAAAGAUGUCAUGGUUUCACCUUUUGGUGAUAUACCAAACCAGCUUUAAGAACAGCCUAUUUCUUGAAACCUACCGCAACCUCCAUGGAGGAACCUGACCUUCCUUCAGACUCUAUCUCUCCACUACCACCAGAAACAUCGCAACGCAAUAACUUUCCACUGAAGGUCUCGUCCAUAUCUUGGACACGCCCCCAAGAAAAUUGGAUCACAUGGGUAUCUCGCAUGCAAUCUAAGUACCAAGCUGCUUGGAAGAAAUCCGCUAUUAUUACUUUAGAGGAUGUGAUUGUUUUAGGGGGUUACUCUGUUUUGGGAUCCCCUGUUUCAUGCUCUGUUGAAAACAGAGAAUGGAAGGUAAUUGAAGAGAAGUUGAUGGAUGCUAGAAAGGAAGUGGUAAGAAGUAGAGCUAGGAAAGCAUGCCGGCUUUCAUGGAUGAAGAUGUUCAAUAACGGUGGGAGUGAAAUCGAACAUGAAGCAUUUCUUGCUUUGUGGUUAUCAAGAUUAGUGUUUCAAAAUUCAUCUCACGUAAUUAGGAAAGAGGUUUUCCCUAUAGCAAUCCGCCUAGCAAGAGGGAAUCCAAUAGCUCUUGCACCAGCAGUUCUCGCUAGUAUUUUCAGGGAUUUGAGUCAACUGAAAAGGGCAAUUGUUGCGGGUAAUGUUGAAUCUAGACUAGAACGUUUCUCGCCGUCUCAGCUGGUGCAACUUUGGGCCCGGGAGAGAUUUCCGAUCUUGCAGCCAAGGCCUGAUGUUCUCAACUUGGGUGGUCCAAGAUCAGCUCGAUGGGACAAAGCCACAAUUUCCAAAGUCGAGAAUGUGAGAUUGGCUUUGGAUUCGGCCGCAGAGGGUUUUCUUUGCGGCCAUAUGCCAAAAAUUUGCGGAAUUGGAGUUUCCCCAAGUUUUAUAGAGAAAACGAAGAGUUGGUGA